AUGACCGGGUAUAAAAAUUCCUUGGCUGAUGUGAAGGACACUUUGUCUGUCUACGAAGACCACUGGAUAAAACUCGGAUUGGAUAACAACAUUAAGACACAGCUAAGGAAUAUCAAAAAUUGUUUUGAAAGCGUUUUCUCUUGGGAUAUUCAUACAUUAUCAGGAUUCAAUCAAAGUUUUAAGUUCAACAUCAUUGAUAAGGUUCAAGAAAAGCAAGAAAUGAUCAUAGACAUGGAUGGCACGGGCAAAGACGAUGAAUUCGUUUUUUAUAGAUUUUUUUUACAAUUAAUUACUAUUCAUGAAGAUUACAUGAACGAAAGAUAUAAGGAAUCAUAUUUGAAUAUUGAAAGUAUUGUUAAAUUUAUGGAAACAUGUAAAUUUGACGAGUCAGACAAACAGUAUUCUGAUGCAUACCAUCAUAUUGCUCGGGCUACCAAUGUGUUUAUAGCAUUAACAUUGAAGAUUGAUUCAGAAAAGUUACUGAAUUAUGUUAAACAAAUGAACAAUUUUAAUCAAGCUGAAAAAGCUGCAGUUUGUGCUGUAAAAGCUAGAAUUUUUAUGGAAUAUCCUCCAAAAGGAAAUGAUAUUGCUUUAGAAUUGGCUGAUCGAGCCUGCACCCUUCAUUCUGUUGAACCUAAAUGGCUACUCAUUUGGUUAAAAGCCAAAAAGCGAGUAAGACAUCAUUAUGAACCAUUUAAAAUGCCAGGGGAUGAUGAAAUUGCUAAAGCUUUAUAUUUAUACGAAACACAAACCAAUCCUAAAUUUUUAAUUCAUGCCUAUCAACUCUAUAAGGAAGCAGGAUUUGUUAAUAAAAUGCACAACAAUCUGAAACUAUCAAACAAGUAUUAUAAGCUCUCGUCUGAUAUUGCCAAAAAAUCAAUUGAAUUGGCCAAAGAUGAUACAAAACUACAAAAUUCUAUAUUACUUUAUUAUUUACAUUUUCCUGAAUAUUUAUUGACAAAAGACUUUAUAGACAAUAUAAUUACAAAACUCACAAAUGUUAAAAAUAGUAUGGUACAUCUAACUAUAGGCAGAUAUUAUCUAAACCGCAAAAAGGAUUAUGAAAAAGCUAAAAUGUAUUUCUCUCGUGCAAAGGCUUAUGGUAAUUUCAAUAGUUCAUUGCAGUUAAUAAAAGUAGAUUGCCUGUUACAAUCUGUCCAUGAAUUUCCUUAUGUUGUGAAAUUAAAUGAGUUGUAUAAAGAUUAUCAAAACCCGAAAAAUAGGGUUAUUAUUUUAAUACAUAUAUUGAUAUAUUACAUUUACUCUGACUAUAAUCCAAAAGAAAUUAUGUACUACUUAAAAUUAUAUAUUGAUCAAGACAUUGAAGAUAGUAUUAAAAAACGUCUAUUAAUGUUUGUUCGUCCAUUGAUUAAUGAAGACAAAUUAUCUAUAAAAGCAAACGAAUUUCUGAAUGUUCUAUUUGUGAAUGUAAAAAAAAUAGUAUACAAUAUUAAGUGGGAUGAAGAAGAAAAAAAUAUGUUUGAAAACACAUUUGUUCGGUUCAAUAAAAUAUUACAAUUAAAUUUUAAACCCGAAAAUCAUUUUAAUAAUGAUAAUAAAACUGCUGUUUAUAAAAAAAAUGAAUCUUGGAGAAAACAACAAGUUGAUAAGUCUAAUGAAAGUCAUCAACGAAACAAAGAAUCUUGGCGAAAACCACAAAACUCGUCAUCUAACAAAUGA